CUGAUACAGUCUGCCAUGGAAAUGUGAAGGUUUUAAACAAAAGAUGUGAUAUUCAGCCAGAUAAACAUGUACUUUGCCACAAAUUACUAUAUUGUGCCAUGAAUAAACAAAAUACAAUGCAACAAAAAUGCAACAUUUUGCCACGCAAAGACAAAGUUUUUCAACACAAUGUACUAUUACUAUACUAUUCGCCCACAAAUGUUUUUUUACAUUUUGCCACACAAUGCUGUGUUGUUCGAGGCAAACAAUGGAUUGCUCCUAAAAUUGUAUAUUGUGUUAUCAACAAAAUAAUCAUAAAAAAAUUCGGCCGCAAAAUGCUGUAACGUGUCACGAAAAUAUCAGCACGAGUCGGAGGAGGAGUCGUUUUUCACCACGACUAACGACUUAAAAACACACAAAGACGUUGUUUUACUCACUCUUCAGUAACUCACAAUUCGGGACAGAUCAGCUUUUUCUUCUACUUUAUCUCUACUGCAGUUGUUCACACCUAUCACAUGAUAUUUAAAGUUGGUCUUUUUCUCAUUUUAAUAAAUGUGCACUUAUUUUGUGCCCCACCUUGGCGUAAAAAGUGGCAGGUGUGGUGGGGGGGGAGAAAAAAAAAAGCCCAGCCAAUAAGCACAAUAAAUAUUUGCCACGGCUCAAACAGAUUUUAUUAAUUCAUGUCUUCAUUUCUGAGUGAUAACUCGCCGGGUCAGACGGCUCCCAAGUGGUGGUGGCCGUUUCCAUGGCAACCGGCGUUAAAACUCACCAGCCCCUUCAUUAGGACCAUCCGCCCCCACAAGAACUGUAUCAGAAAUUCUGUCUGGAUCCUGAUUUAAAUAACUUUUCAAGGGAGUUAAAGUAUGGCUCAACCCAUACUUCCUGCAUAAACAAUAUUUCCCCACAAAAAUACUGCAAAAUGCAAUAGUGCGCCUCAAAAAGACAAUAUUGUGCCAUGAAAACAAUAUUUGUCCACAAACAAAGCUAUAUUGCAACACGGAACAACAACAUUUUGCCACAAAAUGCUAUAUUCUGCCACCGUUGUAUUGUGCCUUGAAAACACAAUAUUAUGCCACCACCUUCAGCACUUGACGGUUCCUUACGUCUUAGUCACGCCUAAGCAGCAGGAAAGGCCCAACCUGCAAUUUCCAUUUUAAAUGACUUAUUUAUAAAUUACUUCUAGAAACUGUAGCACUUUAAAUGUACUGAAAGCAGUUUUUCACUAUUUCAGACCCUGUUUUAAUGUGAAAUUGUGAUUUAUGGAGUGAUUUAAUGUACUUGUUGAUAUGUCUUGUGUAUGUUUGAAGUCAUCUGCCACGAGACAAUGGAUGUAAAUUAUCUGUACGCUAACUUUGGCAUAGUUACACAAUUAUUGGACUGGUGUUCAUUAAUGUGCAUUGUCCCUUUUGAAUAAAAUAACAUAAAAUAAAAUAAAAUAAAAAUUAUGUAUUUUUUUUCACAGUGCUAUAUCGGACCACCAAAACACAAAACUGUUCCCAAAAUAUGUUAUUAUGUCACAUGGACAAGAUUUGGCCACAAAAUGUAGUUUUAUGUUUAGUUUACGGUAAAGUUCAAUCAAGAGUGACAAUAAAGAGCUCGAAGGCGCUUUUUUGAAGGAUUGGUCACUUUCUACCAAACUGUCGAGUUGAGUUCACUGACACCACACAGCACUUGUAUCUCAAAUGUUUACUCUCAAGUCAAGGCAAAACAAAAACAGCUCCACGACGACUCAUUUCUUGAAAAACUUGCACUCGUAUCGCAAGGCACCACUGCAUUCUGAAUCCAUACUUGGUUGAGGCCUAUGGUCUCUAUUGAAGUGUACAAAUGAGUUCCUUGUGGGACAGCAGCACACUCCAAAAAGCUUGACCCCAUUAUUAAAAAGUAUAUUUUAUACUUCUCGUGAUAAAAUAGCAUUUUUUGUUAGGUUGGCAAGUGACUGACUGGUUCAUCCCAGAGGCACUGACUGCAGGUUCGUGGGGAGCUCAUCAUCACUUAAACGCACCAGAGCAUCGGCACAAAAGGAGCGCUGGAGAGAGAGAAGGGCGUGGGUUGGCACACGCACAGUCUCUUAUUACGCCUUGCGGACUCUUUUAAGACCCACGGAAAGAAGCCACCAGGACGUGGUCGCUCCACAAUCCCAGCACUUUAUCGUGAUUGCGAGUGUUCAGCUCACUUGGGUUGUUCCGUGUGACCAUUACGCACCAAACUGCAGAGACGAGAGGAGAUCCACAUCUGUUUCUUUCUUUCAAUUCCAUCACACCAAGUUUUUAGCUAUUAUAUAUAUAUAUAUAUAUAUAUAUAUAUAUAUAAUUAUUAUUAUAUAUAUAUUUUUAAUUAUUAUUAUUUUUUUAGGCGCCAUGAACGCCUCGUCCUUCCUCGACGCCACGCACGACGCGCUACUCAACGGCAGCCGGACCCUGGCGGGGACGCUGGCCACCUACUCCGGCAACGGCAGCGAGCAAGCGGUGACCGGGCACGGUAGUGCCGCUGGCGGCGGCGGCGGCGGCGGCGGCGGCGGCGGAGGCGCGGGAGCCGACGGAGGCUCCCUGGUCCUCCUUCAGGAGGAGCGCAAACUGCUGGUGAUGCGCGUGGUGCAGAUCGCCGUGCUGUGCGUGCUGUCGCUCACGGUGGUCUUCGGGGUCUUCUUCCUGGGAUGCAACCUGAUGAUCAAGUCCGAGAGCAUGAUCAACUUCCUGGUGAAGGAGCGCCGGCCCUCCAAGGACGUGGAGACCGGCAUGAUCGGACUCACCUAGGGGAAACUGAGCCCAGGGCUUAUCUGCAUGAACUUAAUACAAGUUUCUCCCGUCUCCCACACACGUCACUUAGUGAGGAUUAGAUAUGCAACACGGUCACGUCUGCUUCCAAUUGACUCCAAACGUAUGUGGGAGCAACCUUUUGUGCGUAAACUUUGUGCAGCCAACUGUUGACGCGCGGAUGGCGGAAGUGAGUUUAAACGUUGCCAACUCGAACAAAAACGGACGAAAAAUGUUUACAAGCUGUGACCUCACGUUUGUUUCGCUUUUGUAUUUUCCGGUAAUUGUAUUUUAAUAAAUGUAAACGGCAUGAUUGUGAA